AUGGCCCCUGGAAUUGUGACGGACGAAUCCAUCCCCGACACACCCGGUGAUGUACUGGAGGCAGUGGUCAACUACGCAAAGAAAGUCCCCAAGGCAGACGAGACAGGCUAUGUGAUACCCGACACUUAUCUUGGAGCCCGACGUCCCAUCAAGAUUCUGAUAAUUGGCUUUGGUGCCGCGGCCAUCAACAUUGUCCAUGCGAUCGGCCAACAGAAGGACAACAACGUCGUGGUACAAUGUUACGAGAAGAACGAUGAAGUUGGGGCCAGCCGUCAAUUAUAUGUUUUCGUGGCACUCAAAGCCGGACUGGACCAGCUAGAGAUCCUGGGGUACUUCAAGGAUAUUGUGGACAAGCAUCACAUGCAGGGUUUUGUUAAGCUGAGGCAUGCAGUGUCUGGCGCGUGGUGGAAUGAGGAGACCGGAAAAUGGAAAAUCAAGAUCACCCCUAACGGAAACGAGGAAGCCGCUUUCUACGACGAAGGGGAAGUCCUCAUCAACGCGACCGGAGUCUUGAAUAACUGGAAAUGGCCGGCUGUCCCUGGAGUCGAGAAAUUCAAGAAUAAAGUCCACAGUGCGGCCUGGGACGAUACGGUCGACUUGGACGACAAGGUCGUUGGCAUCAUUGGAAAUGGCUCGAGUGCCGUCCAGAUCAUUCCCGCAAUAUUUCCUCGUGUGAAGAAAAUGAUCUCCUACCAACGGUCAUCCACCUGGAUUACAGCGGGUUUCGCCCAGAAGUACGCUGGUGAAAACGGCGCCAAUUUCAACUACACUGAGGAGCAAAAGGCCGAAUUCGCUGCCAAUCCAGCCAAGUACCUCCACUAUCGCAAGAUGGUGGAAGAAGAGCUCAAUCAACGAUUUAAAUUUAUCAUUAAUGGGUCGGAGGAGCAAGCGGAAGCACUUGCUUUUGCAAGGCAGGAAAUGGCCAAAAAGCUCUCAGGAAGAAAAGACUUGAUCGAGAAGAUGGUUCCCACCAACUACGCAGUAGGCUGCAGGCGACCAACACCAGGUAACGGAUACCUGGAGUGCUUGACCAAUGACGAAAAGUGCGAGGUGACAUUCUCCCCGAUUCAGGAGAUUACCGAAGACAGCAUCAUCACGACUGAUGGAAAAGAACGCAAGAUCGACGUCCUUGUCUGCGCUACAGGGUUUGAUGUAUCCUUCCGACCCCGAUAUCCCAUUGUAGGUAAACGGGGGAUCGACUUGCGAGAUGCCUGGAAAGACCAACCGUACACCUAUCUCAGCGCAACCGUCCCAGACUUCCCCAAUUACUUCAUGAUCAAUGGGCCGUUUGGGCCCUACGGUCACGGCUCCAUUCUCCCUGUGAUCGAAAUCAUUACACGGUAUCUCGAGAAGUUUGUGGAGAAGCUCCAGACAGAAGACGUGAAGUACUUUGCGCCCAAGAUGGAGGCGGUGGAAGACUUCAGACGCCAUCGAGAGCUGUUCCUGAAGCGGACCGCGUGGAGUUCGCCCUGUCGGUCGUGGUUCAAGGGUGGCACAGUCGAUGGUCCCAUCAUGAUGUGGCCGGGAAGUCGAUUGCAUUUCUUUGAGGCAAUGGCGAAACCGCGCUAUGAGAGCGAAGAAAUGUCUACGAGCCACAGCGACCCAAAUGCCGUUGACUGCAGUGUCGAGGCUGAUCGGAGCAAACUCAAGGGCAAGACGGCCAUCAUUACAGGGGGGGCAAAUGGAAUAGGGGCGGUCUAUGCCCGAUCCUUAGCCAGCGCAGGGGCUUAUGUCAUGAUCGGUGACCUCGAUGACCGUCGUGCGGCAGAGAUAGCAUCAUCAUACCCAGGACAAAUAUGGACCUCGCAUUGUGACGUGACCAAUUGGGAGGACCAGGCAAAGAUGUUCGAAGAGACGCUGGCAAAAUCGCCCAGUGGUCGUGUCGAUAUUGUGGUCGCCAAUGCUGGAAUUAGCGGGCAAGAUCCAGUGUUUGUGGAUGACUCCACCGCACCGACACCGCAGAAGCCAAAUCUCAAGAUAUUGGACAUCAACCUAAUUGGCGUCUUCUACACCAUCAAGUUGGCUCUGUUUUACUUCCGCAAGCAGUUCAACGCGGCUGUCUCGGCAGGGAAUGAAGGCCCGGACUCGAGCCUUGUUCUGCAGGGCAGUCUUGCCGGCUACGUUGACCAACCCGGUUCACCACAGUACAAUGCUUCCAAAUUCGGGCUUCGGGGCACUAUGAGGUGCUUGAGAAGGACAUCGUUGCAACACGGCACCAGGGUUAACUAUAUCGCGCCAUGGUACAUCAAAACCGACAUUAUCAGCGAUGCUGUCGCCGAACGCAUUACCUCGAAAGGAGCCGUCUUCGCCUCGAUUGAUGACGCGGGCGAGGCUCUCGUGAGGAUCGCCUCCGACACAAGUGUGCAAGACGGCCUGCAAGCUCCGCUGAAGCCUAAGCCGACAUCUAUCGACCAAGCUCAACCUGUUGUCGAGGCAGCGACGAGACUGCCGGGCGCAUCGAUCAGUAGUGAUUAUGGCGUGCGAAAUCACGGGCUUCAAGGCACGGCCUACAUCCAGGACGAGGCCCAGCGCGAGCUUAUCGACUUUCCAACGGUCGACUCGUCCUCGUCAGGAGUAAAGUCUUCAGCAGGUGGCGGCGCUUCCAAUGCUUUCGAGAGCAAUGUCUGGAGCGGUCCUCUCGAGGCUGUCAGGCAGACGUCUGAGGGCCACUCUGCGCCUUCCUGGGGAUCAGCAAGGCCUGAGCAUUCUGCUCAACCGACGACAACUUCAACGGUAAAAGCCAGACCCCGGAGAUAUUUUGUAUACUCGGGCGACACCCUUUCACAUUCUUUCCUGCCUCACAUGACGGGCCACCGACGUUUCAAAAGAAGCAGCCGCCUUGUCCCAGAGACAGGACAGUCGACCUGUACGAGUCUCUCCAGCGAGCCAUUUCCUGUCGCUACAUGUCCAUCCCGUCGGUGGGAGCCAAAAAUACUCCAGCCCACCACCAGCGGAGACACUGUCUUCGGCCACUUGAACUCGGUGGACACGUUCUACCUUACGAGGCUCAAGAAUAUCCUCUAUUUCCCAGAGACCUCUGUGGCACGCAUGUUUUUCCUCGCAUUCAGAGAACACGUGCUGCCCACUUGUCCCGUCACAGACAGAUAUGAGUUGAACGAAAUCUACGAGAAUUUCGUAAACGGGCACAUCACCUGCCCCAUGCUAUUGCAUUCGAUUUUCUUUUCGUCGUCGCAAUAUGUCUCCCAGGAUGCGCUGACAAGCGCGGGGUUUGACUCGCUUCACGAGGCAAAGGCAUAUUUCUACGAACGUGCGACCUUGCUCUACGCAUUGAACUGUGAAUACGACCAGCUCCGGAUCAUUCAAGCCCUUUUGUUUGUCAGCAUGUGGUGGUCCGACUUCAGCGAGGAAAAGGGCACCAAAUACUGGAUCUCGUGUGCCGCGAACCUGGCACUGGCCAUCGGACUGCACAAGGCAGUCCCCGCGGCGGCCCGUCUAAGUCAACAGGAACGAUCAAUGUGGCGCAGGACCUUCUGGACCGUUUACAGCAGGGAUUGCAACGCGUCGGUUGCCAUGGGCCGUCCCCUCACGAUCAACAGCAAGGAGAUCGACGUGGAAGAGCUUAGUGAUGCAGACUUCUAUGAAAGACGGGAGGCAUCUCCCCUCGGCCGUUACCCUGGCUCCGAGGCGGAGGCUCUGGUUGACUUCACCGAAUACUCGAGCACGCAGGUUUUUUACGCCGUCAGGACAGCUCGUCAAGCCGCUUUAUUGGACCGAACGAUCAUAGUCGAUUUGAACCAUGCUCUCGGCAGCGAAGAUGCCAUCAGAGAACUGUAUGAAUGCCAACGUGAAAUCACCAUCCUGCGAACGGAACUAUCAAGCUACAUCGCCAGCCAGGCCGAUGGGGGAGCGAAAGACGGAACUCCCGUCCCUACGGAGAUGCGGUGGAUCAUGUUUCUGCAACUGAGUACCGAACGAACACUGUCGAUCGUCUGUCGCUACCUUCGAAGACACCUUGAGAAAAGUCAAGCUUGGGAUGCCACCUGCUCGCACAAAGUGUCCGAGAUCCGCGCUGAACUGGUCCGGGCCGCUGCCAGGACACUGAACUUGUACGAAGAGCUCCUCAACUCUGAUUGCUUGAGAUAUUCUCCCAAUUUCCUGAACACCCCCAUCUUCGGGGCCAUGGUCACGUACGCCGAAAUCAUCAAAGAAGCACGCGAGAAAGGCCGGGUCGACAGGAUUGCAACAAACAAGUACCAGCUUGGAACCAUGAUAUUGGAGGAGAUGGAGUCGUUCUGGCCUGCCUCGGCGUGGGCAUGCUCCUUGUUCAAGAUCUUGGCCGAAAAGGAUUUCUUACCUCUCCGAAUUCUGCCCCAUGCGUCCCGGUGGCAGAGCCUGAACCGGGUAGCGAAGAAGUGGGAACCGAAACUGGAACCGGCUUCAACCAAGAUGGUGGUGGAGGAGGACGCGAACUUCUUCCUGAACUUCAACGCCAACAGUACCCUCGAGGCUAUGUUCUCUGACGAUCUCUUUGACCCACAAACGUGGUAUGCCGCGAUCUAG